GGGUGUGUGUCUGUGUGGAAGGCGAGAGAGGCCGGGGCCUGGGAAUUAUCACCAAAGGCGGGCGGGAGCGGCGCUUCUCUUUUUUAUUUCAGUUUAUGAAUUACAUGGUUCGACCUCCCUUUCCUCGGCUCCGAGAGGGACUUUCCUCCCCCUCCGCCUCCUCCUCUGUCCCGCAAGGAGCGGGCGGCGGUAACAUCGGCACCAUGAGCCGCCCCCUGAAGCAUCGAGCCGGGCAGCAGCUCUUGUAGUAACCGCCGGAGAGACAGGCCUCGACAACUAUAAAUAUUAACCAUUUAUAUAUAUUUAUAUUUAUAUAUAUAUAUAUGCGUGUGUGUAUAUUUGGAAGAACAACAGAAGUUAUUUUUUUAAAGAGAUUGCUUCAUCUCGCACUAGCAUCUUUCAGCAGGAGGAGAGACAAAAACAAUCUUCGGAAAAGAAAAUAAAGCGGCUCUCCUCCUCCUCCCAUUAGAAGCCGGGAAGUCCGACAGUGGUCGGCCGAGGGACUCACAAAUUGUCGUUCGGCUCAUUUUAUUUAGUGAUGCCGGUGUCUCUGGUGCAGACCUGCCGCAGUCUGGCUCUCUCAACAUGGCUGCUCUCUUUCUGCUUCGUGCAUCUGUUGUGUUUGGACUUCACGGUGGCGGAGAAGGAGGAAUGGUACACGGCCUUCGUCAACAUCACCUACGAGAGGAGGUCGGAGAAGAGCGAGUGCGGCCGCUACGGGCAGCACUCGCUCAAGCAGGACGCCCGGGGCUUGCUGGCGCUGCCCGCUCAGCACGACAGGCUGGCCUGUGACCCCCAGGCCAGGUUUCAGCUGCCCCCCGACUCCAGCACCAAGGGCUGGAUCGCACUCAUACCCAGGGGCAACUGCACUUACAAGGAGAAGAUCUUGCACGCCGCCAGGCAGAAUGCAUCGGCUGUCGUCAUUUACAAUGUGGGGGCCAGCAAUGUCAACGAGACCAUCACGAUGCCACAUCCAGGUACAGGAGACAUUGUAGCCAUUAUGAUUCCUGAACCGAAAGGUCAUGAGAUUAUGAACCUACUUGAAAGGAAUAUCACCAUAAUGAUGUACAUAACAAUUGGAACACGGAACUUACAAAAAUAUGUCAGCCGUACCUCAGUUGUAUUUGUUUCGAUCUCCUUCAUUGUGUUAAUGAUCAUUUCGCUAGCCUGGUUAGUUUUCUACUAUAUCCAGAGGUUCAGAUAUGCAAAUGCUCGUGAUCGAAAUCAACGUCGUCUUGGAGAUGCCGCUAAAAAAGCGAUUAGUAAACUUCAAAUUAGAACAAUCAAGAAAGGUGAUAAGGAAACUGAGUCAGACUUUGAUAAUUGUGCUGUUUGUAUUGAAGGCUACAAGCCAAAUGAUGUUGUGCGAAUUUUACCAUGCCGACACCUUUUCCAUAAGACGUGUGUGGAUCCAUGGCUACUAGAUCACCGCACGUGUCCAAUGUGCAAAAUGAAUAUUCUGAAAGCAUUAGGAAUUCCGCCAAAUGCAGACUGUGCAGACGAUGUAACAACUGAUUUUGAAGGAUCCAUAGGAGGGCCACCCACUAAUCAGAUUACAGGUGCCAGUGAUGUGACAGUAAAUGAAAGUUCUGUUGGCCUUGAUCCUCCUGUUCGAACUAUUGGCUUUUCACAGAUCAUUCAGGACAAUGACUCUCUUCAAGUUGAAGAGGUUAAUAUUACGACUAGCAACAGUUUGGAGGGGUUGGAUGGAUAUGAGCACUGUGAGUGGAGGGUGCUCAGAAGAAUGGAAGAGACUCCACAAAAUCUUUCUUCUCCAAGUUACAUCUCUCACACACCGUUGGAGACUGAUCAGGAGGAGGAGGGCUGGUCCUUGUGGGGAAAUGAAGAGGUUGUUACUCUCAACCAUUUGGGAGAAACGAUUAGAUGAUGAAGGACCAUUUGUGAGCAGCGAUUCUGACACUUCAUUGAUUCUGGCUGUUGAAGUUGGACUUUCUGACAUAGAGCUCUCCACAGACCAGGACUGUGAGGAAGUGAAAUCCUGAGAAGGAUUAAUUCUGUUUCUGAAUGUGGAUCAGGCAAGCCCACAGAGUGACUGAAACAAUGUCCAGUGCACUCAGAACUGGGAUGAUUGUGAGAGCAAUAGCGACAAUCAUUUACUCUUCCUUAGACACACAUUCUUUAGCAUUGGAUGUCUGUUUUCUUCACGAGGAUUCUGCAAGCUUAUCUCUUGCCCUCAUUCCUAUAUUUUGAAAAAGCUCUUAACACAACUCAGUGACUGAAAUGAAGAAAAUAACAAUUUUGUGCUGUUUACUUUUUGUUUUAUACUUUCAAUGAUGGUCAACUAUUUGUGUUUUUAAGUUUGUUUUUGCGACUGACUCCAGCUUUUCCAGAGUUUGAUCCUAAAAUAUUUUUAUUAAAAGGAUUGAUCCUGGAAUCACUGCCUCAACACUAAAACAUUCAGUCGGUGCUUUUAAGUUAUAAACUGAAUUUUAAAGUUGGCUCCAAGUCCUGCACUCCUGUGAAUCACUAGCUUUUUUUUGUGGUCAGCUUUAAGUAAAGUUUAUUUUGCUCAAUAAAUAUUCAGAGCAGUGGCUUGCAGGUGCUGAAAAGACUUCUAGAAAUUCAUCUGCCAUCUCUCAACAUAUCUUUGCUAAUAGAAGAGCUAGUGAUGAUAUUGUGCAGGUAUGUUGUGUAUAUAUAGUGUGCUCUGAUGGUAAUUUAGACAGAGUGAAUGUUCCAGCAACAGCCUGCUUGCACUCAUAAGAAUUCUUGGUAGACUGGGUUGCGUGAAUGUUUGUGUGUACGGUUCACAUUUGACAUUCCCUCACGUUUUUGGCCUUUUGGCUAUUAACACACAGCUGAGAAAGUGGCCAAAUAGGUUAAACCACAAGUUUUAAUUGCUUUUAAGUGCUUGACAACAAAAAUAAUUUUAGUCUUUAUAGAAAAGCUUUACACCAACCAACCUCAGCCAAAAUAUAAUUUACAUUAUAAUAUACUUCAAAAGAAUUUUCUGAUAUUUCAUGGAAUUUGAAUUUCAGUUGUUUAUAUCAUCUUUCUUAGCAAUAGCUUAUUGUACAGUGAAAACAUAUGAAAAUGUAUUAGAAUUACAGAAUCAUUAUACUGGGUCUGAAUAAAUGACUUCUCAAGUCAUGAGAUUCUACUGUAGCCUUUUUAUAGUCAGACCUUUCAUUCCCACAAAAGGACCCAAUAAUGUUAAACAUGGUGUUGAAAAAAAUUUAUAAAUUCUCUAGAUGGAAAGAAAAAUACCACAAAGCAGCAGAGGGUGUAUAUUUUUGAAAUUACUGUACUGUUUUUGUCCUAUAUAUAGAUUGUUGACUGUUUAGACAUAAGCAUUUGAAAAUAAGCAAUCUUUUACAAUUUUAAUGAUAAAGAACACAUUUAAACCCCAAGAUGUCCCAAGGACCAGAAUGAAUAUUUAUCGUUAUGAUGUAUAAACCUUGUGAUCACUCCAGUGCAUUUUUUGUCCUAGAGCAGCACAUCUUAGGCAAUGCAGAUGGUGCAUUGAUAUGAAGAUUUUAAAACUUAUUGAGGUUGCAAUUUGGUGGGUUGAUGUUGAAAGCAAAUAUGUUCACAUGUAUAGGACUAGGAUUAGACUGGAUAGGAGGUAGAGUACAGCAGACUCUUUAACACCAUAUUAUUUGCUGCUUGAAUUUAAUGAUUGUUAAAAAUGCAAACAUGCUAAUGAAUUAUGGAAAUGCAGUUGACUGAAAGCCAUCUGAUAAUGAAAUGUGUCUGAUAUUGGCUUUUUAAAAGGUUAAAAUGUUUUUUUAACGUGAGCAAAGGAUUAGGGUUGCUUACAUUACUGAUGGAAAUAUCAUGCAUGAGUGCGAUUGAUAAAUCUUAGUCUAAAUAGGGUAACAAAUCAGUGUCAUUAGCAAUGCUAAGUAAGCCAUUUUCUUCCUCACUCACUCACUCAUCUUGUACAUUGGAAAAUCAUUUGAACCAUUUUCUGUUUAAGAAAAAAAAUACUUCGGUCACAUGCUUUGCUUUGUAAAAGGCCUUGCUGAAGAGCUGCACGCAUGAUAACUUUUCUCUUGUCAGCAGAAAAUCUCUAAACUGUUUCCUGCGUCAGAAAAAGUUUGAAUUGCUACUUAUUAAUUGUUUCUUGUUGCUAUAAACCGUUUCAGCUGCUUUCCUCCAGUUGCUAGGUUUUCAGAGAGAAAGCUUUAUCAAAGUUUGAGUGGUUAUACUUAGUUUUAGUCUACAAAAUUCUUCCAUCAUUUUUCAGCAGUGCCAUUUUAUGUUGCAUCUCGCGAAGCCAUGCCAUAAUCGGACAAACCCUGAGGACUAGAGGCUAACUGAAGUUGUGCAGGGAUUAGAGUUUGGACUGCAGUUGUUUCUAAUUUUCAUAAAUUAGCUGGAGUGUGAAAUUUGUGGAUGAUACAAAAGCAGAAAAAUGGGUAAAAACUAAAGUUGUAACUAAGAGUUUGAAGAAUCAUAGAAUAGUUUGCAGAUGAUACAAAAUGUUCCCAUGUCUUUGUGAGGAAAAAAGCUGUAGACUGCAGGAAGAUAUCAAUGAACUAGUUCAGUGGGCAGAAAUGUGGCGAAUGAAAUUUAAUCUAGUGAAUUUGUGGGUUAAUGCGUUUUGGGAGGAUAAACAAGGUAAGGGAGUAAGCAAUGAAAGGUAGGAUUCUGAGAAGUACAGAGGGACCUUAGAGUGUAAGUCUGUCAAUCCCUAAAGGUAGCAGGACAAGCAGAUAAGGUGAUCAAGAAGGUAUAUGGGACGAUUUUCUUUGUACAGAGGAGGCUAAGAAGAAAUUUAAUUGAGGUGUAUAGAUACAAUGGAUAAGAAGUACCUGUUUCCAUUAGCAGAGAAGUUAAUUAUCAGGAGACAAAGAUUUAAAUUAAUUAACAGAGGAUUAGAGAGGAGUUGAGGACUAAUUUUUUCACUCAAGAGUGGUUGAGACAGAAAUCUUGCACAACAUUUAAAAACACACUUGGAUAUGCACUUGAGGUACAGACCAAGAGCUGGGAGGUGGGAUUAGACUGUACAGGUCUUUUUUAGCUGGCAUGGGCAUGAUGGGGCAAAUUGACUCCUAUGCCGUAAAUCCUUCCACGUUUCUAUAAUUUUUCCUGUCUACAAGCCUAUUCCUAUCUUAGCAGAUGGACUUUGCUUGACCAUUAGAAGUUGAUGCUGGCCACCACAGUGGUAAAGCUGAGAUUUUCUUGGUGUUGAGUUACUUAGGGCAUCAGUGUGGCACAAAAACACAGAAAAAUUAAAGCUAACAGGAAGCAGCAACACCUGAGAGAAGCACUGUUUGAACAAUGUCUUACCCGAGCUGUAAAGUAGGUAUUGUGGGAAGGGAGAUUCUCUAGCAUUAGUCAUAGGUUGAAUUUGCCUUCGGCUUUAGCUUCCAGGCUACGGUCAGUCAAAACUGGCAUCGACAGAUUGACCAGAGUAUGCUGCUUGUAGCACUAUUACUUGCCCAAAUGCUGUUACCUCAACUUCAAACAGGUGUCAAUUCACAUUGACUCUUAACACCAAUCCCCAAUCAAAUGUGCUUCCACUCCUAGCACUGCAUUGAUCCUCCUACAUUAUCUGAGGAUGACGAAGGACAAAUCAUUUGAACAGGAAUGCACACAAAACCGUUCUUUGUUUUAGAAAGUUCUGCAAGGAUUCCUUUUACAUCCAUCUCAACAGUCAAUAAGGGUCUUUCCUACUGUGUGGCUAUCUUGGCUAAAUUAGUUAUGAAUAAUUUUUCACUGCCUAUCCACUUAGACUUAGCACUUAUAUGUUCCUAUAUGGCACCCCUACCUGUAGAUGCCAGGACAGCACUGAUUUUGUCUCACAUUCAGACCAUGCCUUUUGCUAAGUGAUUUAAAGAUGGCAUUAUUUGUUGCUGACACUCUGUUACACUUUGUUCUUCUUUCAAGAAAAUGGCAGGCAGUUAAGAAGGAAAAAGAGGGUAAUGGUCUUGGAAUUAAACUCCGCUUACAAGCCAUGACAGGAAUACUGAUUCACUCGAGGAUUUUAUUUUCUGGAUUUCCUUAUAACUGGCAGUUCAAGCCCAGGUGCACUUCAGCAUCAGCAAGGACACCAUACUGAACCUACCAAAUAUGGCCACAUAUUUGCAGGAAUUAAGUCUCCCUUUUCAGCAUGGACUAUAGUGAAUACAAUCUAUUCCAAACAACUAAAUUGGUGCCUAGGCCAAACAGAUGAUGUGUGACCAACUAUCCUUGCUUUUUUGACAGCUUUUUUGACUGAUUUACCAGUAGUCCUCCAGGUUUAGACAUAAAGUUUGGCAACUUAUUUAUUCAGAUUUCAGUUUCUCCAAAGGAGAGAUUGAAACAAAUAGAUUACUUUACUUGCAAAGCAAGGCCUUCUACCAGGAACACUACGUAAAGUUUGGGCUCCUAAGAAGCUUGUGCUCCAAGUGAUAUUUUUCAUUUUUAGUUAGAGCCCAGGUCCUUUAGUAUCAAUUAAUUUUGGUAGGAAGAACAAGGAGAGACAAUAUAAAGAGUACAAUUCUAAGGGAGCGCUGGAGUAGAGCAACCUGGGGUAUAUGUGCACAAAUCAUUGAAGGUGACAGAGCAGGCUGAGAAAGCGGUUAAUAAAGCAUACAUGGCCCUGGGCCUUAUAUGUAAGGACACAGAGUAUGAAAGCAAGGAACACUGGCUUGGCCUCAACUAAAGUACUUAGUCCUGUCUGCGUACCACACUUUAGGAAGGAUGUGAAGGCAUUAUAGAGGGUGCAGAAAAGAUUCACAAAAAUAGUUCCAAGGAUAAGGAACUUUAGUUACAUGGCUAAAUUGGAGAAGCUGAGGCUGUUCUUCUUGGAGGAAAGAAGAUCUAGAGGAGAUUUGACAGAGAUGCUCAAAUUCAUGAGGGAUGUGGACAGAGUAAAUAGGGAAAAACUAUUCCAGUUGGCGGAAGGAUCAAGAACCAAGGGACAUCAAAUUAAGGUGAUUUGCAACAAAAAAUACUUUUUUUACACAGUGAGUGAUUAGGGCCUGGAAUGCACAGCCUGAGUGUGUGGUGGGGGCAGAUUUAAUCAUGGCUUUCAAAAGGGAAUUGGAUAAUUAUCUGAAGAGAGAAGAUUUGCAGUGCUGAAGGGAAAAGGCAGGGGAGGGGACUAGGUCUGACCCUCCUAUGCUGUAACUAUUCUGAUUCUAACCUAUGAUCAAUGUUGAUUUUUUUUUGUCCAAGAAUGAGGAAAACUCUUCAGAGAAUGUGUUCAAUCAUUCAACAGGGUGUAUACUUCAUAACAGUUUUUAUUCUCUAAUGAAAAUCUGUCUUUGCACAAUUCUCAAUCUUAAACUCAGUUUACAUUUACUUUAUCCCACAAAGACUUUUGUUUAAAUAGGGGUUAAAAAAAAAGAGAAGUUGUUCCUGUUUUUAAAUAUUUGAGCACUUUUAGGCUUGACUUCUUUAACUCUGUAUUGUUCAAUCUUGACUAAUAACUUAUAUGAAUUAAAACCCCUGAAAAUCAUGUUCUCUUUCAAAAAUUGACACUGAUCUGUUUAAAUGCAAAUUGAAGUCACUGUUGUUGGAAAUAACACUAAAUAUGCUCUGACUGAAAUAGUUAUGUUUAACCAUAUAUAUUGCAUGUGACUUCUCAACAACACAAGCUGCUUCCUUUCCAAAUUGAUCAUAUCAAAUUCAAGCUGUUGAACAUAAUGUUGAAGCUCUUCAUCAUUCACUAAAUCUUAUUCAGUAGCUCGUGUCCCAAUCAUAACCAAACUUUCUCUUGAAUUGUUCAGUCAAAUUAAAUUCAAGACUUCCAUUGGAAAAGUUAUUUUAGGUAAGCAUGUAAGAUUUUCUUUGAACUUGAAAUUGUUAGCUAGGUUUUGAAUAUCGUUUUACCAGAAAAAUCCUGUUUCCUAUUGAGGGCCAGAUAAAACCUAAUUAAGUUUAAAAUGUUCAACAACAGUACUCCUAAACUUAUUAUUUUCUGAACUAUCCAGGUAAUCAUUGUCAAAUUUUAUAUAUUUUUUUAUCAUCAAAACCUAUUUAUCUAGUUGUAUGGUGGGUCAGUAUUCCAGUGUUCACUGCUAUUCAGAAGUUAGAUGUAGGUUCACAACUUUAAUUCAUUGUUGGCAAGUAACCUUGGUAGAAACCUAGGGAUGCAUGGCUGGACCGUCUGGACUUGGGUCUGUAGGAGACAUAAAAGGUGAAGGGUGAGUAAGAAUUAUGUUAGGGUUUAGAAGGAAAGAAGUUGAGCAUGAUUGAGAUAAACAUAAUAUUACAUUUUCUUGUGAUUGUACUUCAAACUCUUGAUUAUUCAAGCAUGCUCCAAGUAAUCCACUUGAUUUUACAAAUCAACCUGAGGAUUAUGGUUCACUUCAAACUAGUUUGCAUUUUUAAUCAUAUUUUCCUAUUCUAUACUGCGCACAUUGCAAAAUGUUCUAAUGGCUUAAUUUAGAAGAAAAUGAACACAAAAUAUACAUUUGUAUCUAGAUCAGUUCUGGAAUGUAUUACUUAAAUUGCAGAUAUCCUUGUGUGUUAAUUUUGAAUUGCUAUUUUAUAUGUAAACGUUUCUACAACAAUUCAAUGGAGAAGGCAGUUCUUAGUUCCCAAGAUGAGAAGAAUAUUUCUGUGAUCAUAUAUGAUAUGAAUUCAGUGCAUUGUAAAUGGUUAAUAAUGCUGUCACUUUGUAGCUGUAUAUUGCAAUGCCAUUUACAUAGAAAACCCAUUUCAAUCCACACUUGACAAAUCUUUUUAAAAUAAAUAUACAUGGUAAAUGCAUUCUAUGUCAGGAUAGUAUUUUUUCCAUAGGUCAUUUAAACAAUUUUUAAUUACAUUGUAUGUUGCAAAUUGUAUUUCCCAAAAUUAUUUUUUUUUACAUGUUUUGAAUGCAGUUUGGGUUUCCUUAAUGGGUGUAAGAAUGUGAGAUCUCCAUUCACCAAAGAAAUCACAGUUUUGUCUUCGUAACAGUACAGAAGAUAACUUGUAAAUAGAUUUUCUUAUUGGUUUCUUUUAAAUAAAAUUUAGUUUGUCCUCCUAUAACGUUGUUUCAAAAACAUUUCAAUAUCUUCAUAGCGCUCCAAAAAGGUACCAAGAAAUAUUUUUUUAAAAUUAAAAGCAGAAGGCACUUUACUGCUAUGCUUCUUGUAUUGACAGAAUACACUUCCCUUUAGUGUUCACUUAGAUGCAUUAUUUGUGCGUGGGGUCACUAAAACAGCAUAUUGACCAGUAUUUCAGUAAGUUUUAAUCUUCACAUAGAAUUUUACAGCCCAGAAGGAGAGAAUUUGUCUCUACAAGUCUACGGUUUAAGUCUUGAUUAUUGCCACUUAAAUUAUGUCACCAACUUAACAACCAAAGUCAAAAGAACAUCUUUGAAGUGAAGCAGUAGUUGUAAUUUCCUUUAAACCUGAUUGCCGUAACAGGAGAACUAUAUACAAUUUAACCACUUCUUUGUUUCCCUAUUCAAAACAAGGUUUCAAAUAUGUCAGUAAAACCAUGACCAAUAGCUAUAAAAUGUCACUGGCCUGCUGGGAGUGCCAUUUGGCUAAUGUUACAUAACUUGAAAAAUUGCAUUUGCCUUGUAAUACAUAGAUUACUUCCAACAGCAAUCAAUUUUUUAAAAGAAAGUUAAAUAAUCUUAUUUUGUUUCUGACUUCAAUGCAUUAAGCUUGAAUCAUGCCACAUUAUAUGGGUAAAUCAGAUCAAUCCACUUUUCCCAUUACAUUGAUUUGUUACUAAACUUGGUCUAAUGGAUAACGCCAUCUUCAGCCAUGCUUAUUUAAUUUCAUCCAACAAACAAAUAAUUCAGUCGUAUUUCUGACUCAUGGGAUGGACAAAUUUAUAAUUUGAUCUGUAUAUUGCCAUGUAUUAGCUGCUUAGAUGCAGAGUGCCUUCUGCUGUCUGAAAGCAUAUGAUUGAAGUACCUUUAUACAGAUAGCGGUGACAAGUCGACUGCUGCAGUUGUUCCUUGAAUACUACUGAUUAAUGAUGUAGAGCCAUUCUUAAGGUUAGCAUUUCACCCUCUUGCUGCUAAAAACACUCUUAAUAGUGCAAGCCUGUUUUAUCAGCAGGACAGUAAAUACCAGAAACUGUGGAUACAACCAGACUGACUGGCUGAGUCUGAUCCAGUGCUCUUUGCCCAUAGUAGUAAUUCAACAGUUUUGUUCAGACUUGGCCAUCUUCCAGUACAAUGCUUCUCCAGUGAUGUUUACAGGUGUGCAUUUUGUUUAAGAAAAAUACAUUUUUCUUUCCCUCCACCAACCCAGUUGCGCAUUGCCUGGGAAACACUGUCUUGUACUACUUGUAUAGAAGCAAGGAGGAAAUGGGACUGUUUCAGCCAGUAAAACUGGCUGUAGCACAAGUUUCCAAUUUCCAAAGCCCUCACUUUCACCAACAUCAGUCUUUACCGUGGUGCAAAGGUGAAAUCUAGAAGUUGUCUGGUGCUCCUAUCUUCUGGAGACCCACUAAAAGAAAGUUGCAUUGUACAAAUCUAACCAUUUCUAGGAGCAAACGAGUGGAUUUCGGCCACCAUUCAAUGCCAGAUUGCAGCUAUAAAUGAGGUGUUAAUGACCCAUAAAUGAGAGGGGAUUGGUCGAGUUUUGUUUUAUUUGAGAGUGCCAUGUAUUGAACAUCGCCUGUCCUGUCUUUUCAGUGUGGUUGGUACUAUGUAUAUGGUUCAUUUUUUUUAUCAAUUCAACAGUUAUUUGUUCCCAUGCACCAAUUUUUUCUCAACCUCGUGUUUUCAAAGGAUCUUAAAGAUGACUCCACGUAAUUCAAGUUUAGCAGAAUAUGGGUUUCUGUUUAGUAGGUCAUUGGUUAUGUAAUGCAGGAGGAUUCAUUAAUUGCCUUAAAUUUAAUAGAUUAGAAGAUGUGGGUUUAUUUGUUCUUGAUGCAGCUCACUGUAUUUUUGGGUAUGCUGCUUUUGUCCUCCAAAACAUCACUCCAGUUAGAAAUAUCUGUUUUGCUUUCUCAGUGCUAUUUCGUCAAGAUGCUUUCAUUUCAAAUAAAUACUUAGUUUGGUAUGAGUUAAACCAAAGUGGCAAAUGGAUUGCAUGGUGAUAACAAUAGAAUUUAUUUUUAUUUGGCAUUUUGUCAUAUGCUGAAGCCUGCAAGAUAAUAGUCUAAAAUGUUGUGUAGUUAUUUUAUUGGUUUUAAUACAUUUUCCUCCAGAAUUUUCUUUAUGUAUGGUGUUGGAAUUAUUUUCUAUUUGAAGUGAGUCAUUGCUGAAGUAUAAUGUGUUUCUUCCCCCAUAUUGCACUUUAUAUCUCUCAAAAAAAAAAGCUGGCAUCCAAGGAUGUUACUGGGGAAAAAGGGAUUUGCCUGAUACAAUCAAUGAUAAAGCAUAUUUCUUUUUCACUUUGCAGUACUUAAAAUUGCUUGAACAUAGACUUGAUGUUUGUAUAAAGGGGGAAGGAUUAAACUCAAAUGUGGAAACACUAUUCAGUAGCCUAUUACUAUUUUGUUACAUAGCAGACAAUAAAAUGUAAAUAUGUGCAGCUGUGUUGAUAUGUACUAGGUAAGAUGUUGCAACUAUACAAAAUUUAAAAAAAAAUGGAGUCCCAAUAAAUUUUAAUGGAACAGUUUUCUUAA